CCCAAUCGCUUUUAUUCAGUGACGUAGUGAUAUUUCAAAGCGUGUACAACGCUAUACUAAAAAAUUGUUCACCCACAGUCUGUUUCAUACCGGCAUUAAAAUCAGAAUAGAGAACGGUGGUGUUUUACAUUUAGCUUUUAAACUGUUUUACUAGCAAUGAAAUAUUUGUUAUUGCUAGGCUUCGGUCUUCUGUUUCUCUCAGGUAAAUUUAAACAUUUGUGAAUAUCGACUACAUAUUUCGAAGAGCUUUAAAAACACAAGUUUUUGUGUGUAUUUUAUGUAUAUUAAGACUGAAAAAAACCCUAUCAUGUUUUUUAAAUUGAUCAUCACAUUUUUUUUUAUUAGACAUCUAAUAUAGAUAACAGUGCACUAGAAGUUUCUUUGUCGACGUCGGAGAUUUCAAAAAAUCUUUACGUUUAUGUAUGUAUUGGUGUGUGAUGCUGUGUAGGAUGGGCUCACGGUCAGGAUGGUGUCGGCGUGGGCACCGCCGAGGAGGUGACGGUGGACGCUGAUCUCGGGGCGUCAAGGGAAGGUUCACGUACUGAUGCGGAGGCGAUCCUGCGCGAAGAGGAGGCGAUCUCGCCGGAGGGCCUGAGCGUGGCGCAGAUGCGCGAGCUGCGCGACCGCGCUCAGAACUUCACCUUCCAGACCGAAGUCAACCGAAUGAUGAAGCUCAUCAUCAAUUCGCUAUACAGGAAUAAGGAGGUACAUGAAACUUAGUCGCGGCACGGACGAUAGGGUCUUUACUGUUCGAAGCCUUAGUUUUAUUAACAGAGAUGAGGCCGCGGUAUCGAUCGCGCCGUGAUCGAUUCUGCAACCGGGAGCCCGAUAGACAAUAUCCAUCGAGCACGAAUCUACCUACACGGUCACCUGUUUACAGAUUUUCCUCCGCGAGCUGAUCUCGAACGGAUCGGAUGCGCUGGACAAGAUUCGGUUGCUGUCGUUGACGGACCGGGACGUGCUCGAGAGCAACCCCGAUCUGAGCAUCCGCAUCAAGGCGGAGCCCGAGCGGCGGCUGCUGCACAUCAUCGACUCCGGCCUCGGCAUGACGCGCGCGGACCUCGUCAACAACCUCGGCACCAUCGCCAAGUCUGGCACCGCGGAUUUCCUCUCUAAGAUGCAAGAUACCGAGAAGUCGAGCGGGCAGGACAUGAACGACAUGAUCGGUCAAUUCGGCGUGGGCUUCUACUCUGCGUUCCUGGUGGCGGACAAGGUGACCGUCGUGUCCAAGCACAACGACGAUAAACAACACAUCUGGGAAUCCGACGCCAACUCCUUCAGCGUGGCCGAGGACCCGCGGGGAAACACUCUCGGGCGCGGCACUCACAUCACGUUGCACUUGAAGGAGGAGGCGGCGGACUACCUGCAGGCGGACACGAUCCGGGCGCUGGUGAAGAAGUACUCGCAGUUCAUCAACUUCCCCAUCCACCUGUGGGCCUCGCGCGUCGUCACCGUCGAGGAGCCCGACGACGACGAGGCCGCCGACGCCGCCGACGCUGACGACGACGACGACGCUCAGGACGCCAAGGAGGAGAAGACCGAAAAGAAGAAGACCGAGAAGACCGUGUGGGACUGGGAGUUGAUGAACGACAACAAGCCGAUCUGGACUCGGAAACCGAGCGAAGUGACGGACGACGAGUACACGCAGUUCUACAAAUCGCUCACCAAGGACGACUCGCCGCCCCUCGCCAAGGCCCACUUCGUGGCGGAGGGCGAGGUGACGUUCCGCGCGUUGCUGUUCGUACCGCGCGUGCAGCCCGCGGACUCGUUCAACCGCUACGGCACCAAGACGGACCACAUCAAGCUGUACGUGCGCCGCGUCUUCAUCACCGACGAGUUCAACGACCUCAUGCCCAACUACCUGGCCUUCAUACAGGGCAUCGUGGACAGCGACGACCUGCCCCUGAACGUGUCGCGCGAGACCCUGCAGCAGCACAAGCUGAUCAAGAUCAUCAAGAAGAAGCUCGUGCGGAAGGCGCUCGACAUGCUCAAGAAGAUCCCCGACGACGAGUACGAGCACUUCUGGAAGGAGUACUCGACCAACAUCAAGCUGGGCGUGAUGGAGGAUCCUAGCAACAGGUCGCGGCUGGCCAAGCUGCUGCGGUUCCACUCGUCCAAGGUGGAGGGGAUGACCUUCCUGCAGGACUACGUGGCGCGCAUGAAGCCCAACCAGAACCACAUCUACUACAUCGCCGGCUCCAGCCGCGCGGAGGUGGAGCGGUCCCCGUUCGCGGAGCGCCUGGUGCGGCGCGGGUACGAGGUGCUAUACCUGACGGAGGCCGUGGACGAGUACUGCCUGUCCUCGCUGCCCGAGUACGACGGCAAGAAGUUCCAGAACAUCGCCAAGGAGAUAUUCGACCUAGAAGAGAGCGCCGGCGAGAAGGAGCGCGCGGCGGCGGAGCGGGCGGAGAUGGAGCCGCUGUGCGCGUGGCUGGGCCGCGUGCUGGGCGCGUGGGUGACGCGCGCGGCCGUGUCGCGGCGGCUGCAGCGCUCGCCCGCCGCGCUCGCCGCCACCGCCUUCGGCUGGACCGGCAACAUGGAGCGCCUCGCGCUCGCCAACGCGCACCAGAAGGCGGACGACGCGCAGCGCCGCCACCACCUGGCGCAGAAGAAGAUGCUGGAGGUGAACCCGCGCCACCCGGUGGUGCGCGAGCUGCUGCGCCGCGUGCGCGAGGACCCCGACGACCCGGCCGCCGUGGCCGCCGCGCACACGCUCUACCGCACCGCCGCGCUCAGGUCGGGCUACAUGCUGCAGGAGGGGCAGGCGAUAGAGUUCGCGGAGAGCGUGGAGGGCAUGCUGCAGCAGUCGCUGGGCCUGCCCGCCGACGCCGUGCCCGACGACGAGCCGCUCGACGACGAGCCCGCCGACGAGGAGCCCGCCGAGAAUGUUGACGCCGACGCCGACGCCGACCACGACGAGCUAUAACUCGCUAACUUCAUUUAAAACACGGCGAGAUACUUAAAUCUGUACGUGCUCCUAUAUUCCGCGUUCUUCUAUUUAUAAACCGGGGCCUGAAAUCGGUUCAGAAUAUACCGAUUUUAUUUAGAUAAAACCUGUUUCGGAACAUCGAAUUCCGGAGCGGAUCGCCACCCGUUUCGCUUCCGACCGAGUCUAGGCUCGGGACGUCGUCGCCCGGAGCGAUUUUUAAUCCGGGCGAUGGAUAAAACAGUAUUUUUGGUAUAAGCCGGAUCCGGUUUUGUGAAGCUUAGCCUUUUCUAAACGCACAUAUUUAGAUCGAACUGUUUCAGUAAAUAAAUCUCGUUUCCGAGCUAUGUACUAUUCGUAGUUGUAUAUUGACCCCGUGGGACGCAUAUACAGAUUUAAAUAUCUGGAACAUAUCUGGUGACUUCUCGUUCAUUCCCCAGUCGCGCGGAUUUUCUCGUGAGCGCUCCUAUAUUUACACAAAUAUAAAUGCGAGUAGCCCGCUCGAUGAUCUGUCUCCCGCUGCUGCGAGAUAGUCCCGUAAGUCUGUAUGUCACAGUAAAGAUUUAAUGUAAUGUUGUCUGGAACUGCUGGAUAUUUGUCGUCGAUGAGAGUGUGAAUUGUGAAUGUUCCUUGCGUAAAUGUGUACUCAGCAGUACCUCGGGCUGCACAACACUGUCAAAUUUCUCUACUUGAUUUAAACUAUGAUGCACUGUGGGUACAUUUCAAAAACAACAGAGAAAAUUUGACAUAUUGUGGGAGCCUGAUGUGCAGCCGCGUGUACGGGUUUUUUUAUAUAAAGAACAUGACUUAGUGUUACAGUUGUAAAUAAAUUAUAUUUAUUUAGU